AUGGAAUCUGUUGAUGCUUCAGAGUACUCAAAAACUAGUGAUAAGAUGUAUGAGCUGCUUAAUAGAUUUGUAGAGCGUGUUGGAGAGGCUAAUGUUGUUCAAGUUGUGACAGAUAAUGCUAGCAAUUGUGUGCUUGCAGGGAAAUUGUUAAAAACAAAGCGCCCUCAUUUGUAUUGGACUCCUUAUGAUGCUCAUUGCAUAGAUUUGAUGCUAGAAGAUAUUGAAAAAAUUCCCAACAUUCAUAACACAAUUAAAAGGACAGUGACAUUGAAUGGAUAUAUUUACAUUCGUCCGGAUGUGGUGAACAUGGUGCAGCGCUUUACUGGUGAAAGAGAGCUAAUUAGGCCAGCUGUCACAAGAUUUGCAACUGUUUUUCUCACCCUUCAACGUAUACAUAAGCACAAGGCGAAUUUGAGAAAGAUGUUUACCUCAGAGGAAUGGACCAAAAUUCGUGUGCUUAGAUUAGUUGAUGGUGAGAAAAUGCUUGCAAUGGGAUAUAUUUAUGAGGCGAUUGAUAGGGCUAAAGAAGCAAUUGCCAAGUCAUUUGAUGAAAAUGAAGAAAAAUACAAGGCAAUUUUUGAGAUUAUUGAUAAACGAUGGGAAAGCCAACUCCAUCGACCUUUGCAUACAGCUGGAUAUUAUUUGAAUCUUGAAUUUUUUUAUUCAAAUGAGAAAAUUAAUGAAGAUGUUGAGGUUGUUACCGGUUUAUACCAAGUUGUAGCAAGGUUGAUUCCAAGCAAAGAAGAGUAA